UCCAUCAGGAUGGAUGAAGGAGUCACAUUUUUUGGAGUUUUUACAACAUUUUGUAAAGCACACUAAAUGUUCUAAGGAAAAGCCAGUUCUUUUGUUAUUAGACAAUCACGGCUCGCAUUUGUCCAUACAGGGCCUUGAUUUUUGUAAGGUCAAUGGCAUCACUGUCCUUUCAUUUCCACCACACUGCUCACACAGGCUGCAGCCACUUGAUGUUAGUGUCUAUGGACCUCUGAAAAAAUUAGUCAAUAGAGCAUGUGACUCAUGGAUGACCACACACCCUGGAUCUACUAUGACCAUCUAUGACAUUCCAAACGUAGUGUCCACCGCUUUCCCACUUGCUGUGACGCCACAUAAUAUUUUGGCUGGGUUUAGGGCUGCUGGAAUUUCACCCUUCAACAGAGACAUAUUCCAGGAUUCUGAUUUUUUGGGUGCUUACGUGACUGACAGACCAGAGGAAGAUCAACAAGAAACGCAAGUGUUUCAGGCCAGCGAAAUCAAUGUUCAGCCUGCGACAAAUUGCCUGGACGGCAAUGACACACCAAGACCCUCUACUUCUGGACUCUGUGGGAAGAAAGCCCCAACUCCUGAAGAACUGAGACCAUUGCCUAAAGCUGGUCCCAGGAAGGGAAGUGGAAUGAACAGGAGGAAACGCUCUUCUGCCAUUCUGACUGACACUCCAGUGAAAAAGGCACUAGAAAAGAUAUCAAAAGAAAAAUGCACAAGACAAAAAGAACCUUAUUUCCAGAAGCAAAGAAGAAGCAAUCAAAGAAAUCAAAACGUGUUCAUGGUGACGAGGAAAGUUCAGAUGAAGAGGACAGUCUCUGUUUGGUAUGCAUGGAACCUUUUUCCAAAAGCAAACCACAAGAAGUGUGGAUACAGUGUAUAAUGUGCAAGUUGUGGGCCCACGAAGGCUGCACUGAUAAAGAUUUGUUUUAUACAUGCCCCAACUGUGACUCAGACGAUGAUUUAGAUUAAGUUCACCUUAAGUGUUAAGUAUUCUGUGCAAUUAUUACCUUGAAGUGCAGUUAUAUUCAAUAGGAUGUAUGACACCUAGUCAGUUUUUUAUUUUAUUUUAUAAAAGGUUACUUUCUUUACUAAGAAAAGAUUUCUAAGUUUCUAUGGAACUGAAUAUUCUUGAAAUGAAACAUUAUGAAUACGGUAUAUACUCUGUAUCUAAAUUUACUGUUACAUAUUUCUAAUUUGCUAGAAAUAUUUGCUGUGCCAACUUACCCCAUAGUGUGUGCCAACUUACCCCGUACAUGGGGCAUGUUGGCACAGGCAAAAUGUUUUUUUCGAAAGAAUGCUGUGCUUUUGUUUCGAAAGAAAAUUAUUUUUUUAUUAAAUGAAAAGUAAGAGGAAGAUUUAUAUUUUUCACUGGAAAUAAAAAAUUACCAAAAUACUUUGUUGUUUUUCUUCCAUCACCAAAAAUGUAAAAAGUGUGCCAACUAGCCCCGGUCUCCCCAGGGAGACCGGGGCAAGUUGGCAACAGGGGUAAGUUGGCACACUUGAAAUAAUUCAAAUAUUUACCGUUAGAUCGGUUUGUAAUUCAUACCAUAGGAUCAUCACUUGCUUCCGCAGUCACCAACAAGCUACCAAACCAAGAGGUUGCAGGGCUUGACUGGAGUGAGGAAAAAAUUGAUUUUGAUGCUGAAAUGGUUCGAAGCUACAAACGGAAAACUGAGAGGGCCUCUAUCCCUGCCGACGUUAUAUUGGGGGCUGCUAAACGUGUUAAGUGUGAACACAAGCCAAUCAGAGGAGUUGCAAAGGAUUUCGCCAUACCAUUUCGAACACU